CGCGGCAACUCUACAGAGAACACUAGUGUGAGCCGAGGUUUGAUACAGCUGUGUCGCGCUGUUGCAAAAAAUAAACCGGUUACUUGAAAAAAUAAACAUGGUAUCAAUAAGCGAUCCCGCCGUGCAAUCGUACGCGUUGUAUUCAACUAUACUAGCACUGAAAAUGCUCGGUAUGGCCAUUUUAACGGGAAAAACGCGAUAUGGUAAGAAUGUAUUCGCUAAUGAAGAAGAUGCAAAGGCAUCAAAGGGUAAAGUUAGAUACGACGACCCCGAUGUGGAGAGAGUGCGGCGAGCGCACCUCAAUGAUUUGGAGAAUAUUCCGGCUUUCUGGAUUUUGGGUGCAUUGUACCUGACGACGGGACCUGCGGCCUCGACGGCAGCCAACCUGUUCCGGGCAUACACCGCCGGUCGUCUUAUACACACGUUUGUGUAUGCAGUGAAGCCUAUGCCUCAGCCAUCACGAGCGAUCGCUUUUGCUGUCCCUCUGUUUAUAAUGUUCUAUAUGGGUUAUAAAGUUGCAACGUUUUAUGCGUCAGCUCUAUAAAAUAAGUAAGGUAUCUGAUAUCACAAAUAAUAGAACAAAUGCACUUGAUGAAGUCAAUGUUGCAACUGCUGUUUUUUUUAUCAUGAGCCAUGCAUUUAAUAGGUAGAUUCAACAUGUUUGUAAUGGCUUUGAUAUUGUAGCAUUUACAUAUUUAUGUGAAAAUUCUCUUAUCAUAUUUUGGUACCUACGUAGAUUUUUAUAAAUGUUACAGUUAUUGCAGCUAUAACGUAUAUGAAUGAUUUGUCAAUAUUGAUAAUUGUUAUAGUAGCGGUGACGGUGUUAUUUAGAUUAUUGAAGAACUUAUGGAUUUCAUAAGUUCGUUUUAUGGAUGCACUGAUAAAGAACUGAUUUUUUACGUUUUUAAAGAAGAACUUGUUAAUAUAUUUGGCUAUGGAAAUUGUAAUUAAUUUAUAAUGAAUGAUAAAAUAAAACGAUGACGUUUAA